AGAGAGUAGGUUCCCAGAUCAUCAUAUGAUCAUAUCCUGGUGCUAUAUAUUUGCAGCUUCUAGGUUUCCAAUUCGAAUGCAUUCAGAGUAAUCACACGUUCGAGCGAGAAUAGAAUAAGAUCAAGUUAUAAUAUACAUCAUAUAUUUAUCUAGUGAUAUGGGGUGUAUUAAUGUGUUUAGGCUGAUCUGGACUGUGAUGGUGGUGGUGAGCUUAAUCUUGUUGGGAAGCUGGGAAGUGAAAACAGUGAGUGCCAAAAAGAGCAGCGCGAGUGAGUGCAGGGAGGAGUUGAGGCUUGCGGUGAGUGCAUGCAAGUCUGCGGUUAUGGACGGGAAGAAGCCUUCAGCAGCGUGUUGCAAGCGAGUGAAAGUGAGCCAUGUGGAGUGUAUUUGCCCUGCGAUCACUCCCAAGGUGGCUGCUCUCAUUGAUGUUAACCGCGCUAUCGCUAUGGUCAAGUCUUGCGGGAGAAAGGUUCCUCGUCACUUCAAGUGUGGAAGUAUCAAGUCCUACUGAAGUUGAGAUUGGAUGAACGAAUUAAUAUAUACUGUUACCACUGUACCACUAUGAAGUUUGUAAGCUUUGGUGGUCAAUAUUUUUCAUAUGUAUUUUGACAGCACAAACGAAUGUAUAAUAAUGGAAAGAUCAUUCCAGUUCUACCAAAAAUAAGAUAUCUCAGUGUUCAAUUGA